GACUUCUGUCCUCCUUGCCAUACAUUGGCCAGUUUCUGGGCUCACUUCUAUCCGGAGCUGUGAUGGAUCAGGCAUCUAAGAGCAAAUACUCAACGACGGUUGUGAGCAAAGCAACAUUUGUUGUGUGUUUGAUGGUGCCAGCGGCCGCAAUUUUUUCGCUGUCAUUUCUCACCGCUGAAGAAAGAAUUCUGGCUGUUUGUCUAACAGUGAUCACAACAACCGUUUACUCAGCUGUGCCCGUGGCACUGAGACUUGUCCUCAUAGAGUUAGCACCAAAAUAUACGGCGAUAUUAAUGGGCAUACUUACAACGGUGGGCUGUAUUCCAGGAAUGAUCGCACCUCUCGUUACAUCUAUAAUAACACACGAGGGAACUGCUCAGAGCUGGGCGGAAAUCUUCUAUAUGUGCUCGGGGAUGUACGCAGGCGCAGCUCUAAUUUUCCUCUGCUUUGGGAACUCCAAAGAACAGUCCUGGAGUGAUUGACGUAAGCAUUAUCUCGUGAUGUGAUCUACGUACUGGUAGCCAACACAAACUUUGCCUGUAACACAUUGUACGCUACCUUGGCGCCAUCUGCAAAGAGUUACCGCCCUUGCUGUUUGUGAAAGUUAUGAAAGCAUGUGUCCAAACUGGAACAUUUCGAGUGAUACCAGUAAAUGCACAACCGAUGAUCUGGGAUGAUGCCGCCGUUAUGUUAAUUGUGUUUUCGCCACCGCAGGUUUUAGCCACGCUGACGAGGUCCGCGGUGAAACAAGAAUCAAAGACACGGUUAAUUUCUCAUUAAGCAAAAUCAUGGUUAAAUACAUGAAAAGUUGCUUUAAAUGUUAAAACUAUACCUAUGCUGUCUUUUGUCAACGCUUUCACGCCAAAAAAGUUAAAGUCAGGGAUGAAAAUCGCCAAUUUCGUAUGGUCUAUAAAUCAUAUUGUCCGCCUUUCGUUGUGUAUAAUAUUGAGGCAUGAGCUGGAAAGCGGUCGCCACAAAUGUUAUUUCCGUGGUAGAGACUCAGAGGUUUGAUGCUUACAUAACCAGAAGUUGUGAGUUCGACACCCGAUUAGAGAGUUAAGUUUAAAAGAAAAGUGAACAAAAUGCGGUGUCGUGUUAAUAAUCCCCGUCAAAACAAACGCGGCCAAAUCCCUGAAAAUUUUGGAAACAACCAUUUGGGGUGAGUUCGUUAACAAUGAUGGAAACUCUGUGAUGUUCAACGUGAAUCAAAGGGUCUGGUUGACAUCAUCAGAACAGAGAACAGAAGACUUUAAGGGAAUCCCGAUGUGACAUUUGUCAGAAAAUGUACUUAUUUAUAUGUUUGACUCUAUCUCUUUUCUUAUUUUAUAUAGCACAACACUCAACCAAUCGAAAUAAUCCCUAGAUCAUGUACAGUAUACAACAUAAUAAUUCUGUGACAUCUUGAAAAACAGUGUCACAGACAAGAACAUUUUCAACUGAAUGAUGCAGACUGUGCCACAAAACAAGCCUUGUGCAUCCCUCUAGGGCACCUUAGUCAUAGUUGUGGUAUUUUCUAGCAACAUCAGUGUCAGAUUAGUCAUUCAGAGUUUACAGUUUAUGUCAUUUACAUAUUUAACUGUUUAAUGACACACAAAGUGAUAUUUUCAACAACAAAAAACACAGGUAGGGUGCCUUAUGGGCAUAUUGACACACGAGGAUUGUGUUAAGCGAUAAUAUACAGACGCGUAUGAGAAACAGAACGAUAUAUGCAAGUCCGUGCCAUUGUCUUAGAACACCUUUAUCUUAAAUGCUGAUUGUCUUAAUUAUCUUAUAUUAUUUAUUAAGAAUUAUUUUGAGCCUUUUAUUGUUCUUCUAGGCUUCCUAUGAAACCAAGUUAUUAUCUAAAACAAAUUUGCAUAUAUCUGACAUUAAGAAUACUAGUAUUUGCUCUGUGCGGCGUGCACCAUGACUGUUUGGGCCUAGAAAACGCCAAAUGUUCGAAUCCAGUCAGUCAGUAUUUGCUCUGGAAAACUGAAAAUUGAGUCAGUAUGACCGACGAAAAUAAAAAUAUCGGUUGACACAGACCCUUCAUUUAACAUAUUGCCCUCAUGUAUACACAGGGUUGUCAAUGUAGUUGUCAUAACAAUAAAAAAAACGAUUGUGAUAUUAUUAUUGGUUGUGUGAAGAUCCUCUGUUUGACGAACAAAAUAUCACUCUGUCAAAGUUUUGUCAUGCUAUGCUCUAAACCUGGGCAGACCGCUUCGGUGGCCUAAUGGUUAGAACAUCCGCAUCGAAGUCGGGAGAUCCGAGAUCACAACCCGGUCGGGUCAUACGAAAGACUAUGAAAAUGGUACUUGUCUCCGAGUGGUAAGAGCAAAGAAACAGGACUGGUUGACCUUGUGUGAGUAUAAUGUGACUUCUGGGAUGUAUAAAUAGAAAAAAUGAUAUUGGACACAGUUAUCACAGAAUUUUUUUUUUUUAAAUUCUAUAAAGUUUUGAAAGCCGAGAAGAUGAAGUUCUGCAUUGGGGAUAUGGCACUGACAGUCAAUUCACUCCUC